AUGUCUGCGAAGAUAGUAAUUGGGGAGUUGAUUUUGAUACUUCUAAUGAGAUGUGGUCAAUCGGAAGAAGCAAUUAAAGAAGAGGAAGAAAAGAAAAAAGAGCAAUCAGAAAAUAAGGGCGGAUUGCAUGGGACAAAUAUUGUAAUGGAUAACUUGAUGGAAAGUCAGUGGAGACAUGUUGAAUGGGAAAAAGAAGUAACGAAUUUAGUGGGUGGUGAAAAAUCAGAAAAAGAAUUAAAAAAAGGUGAAAUCAAACCGGAUGGAACUUUAGUUACCGCCGAAUCAGAAAAAAUUAAGACUAAUGAUUUCGAAUUAUUAUUAGGUCAAAUUAAGUAUCAAAAAGAACUGAUUAAAACUAAAAAGGAUGAAUUAGCUAAAAAACAUGGUUAUGCCGAUGAAGCCAAGCAAAUUUUAAAAGAGAUUAAAGAAUUAGAACCCAAAACUAUCUUAAACACUUAUUUACAAAGUAAGUAUAAAAAAGUGGCUAACACUUCCCCGAGUGAAACCAAUAACACUACUGCUACCGAAGAUUAUGUCAUCAAACUAAUUACUCGCACGGUUAAAGAAUUAGGAGCGAUUGAUUAUGAUAAAUUUGUCACUCAUACUAAUUCCAACACUCAUCCCUUAUCAACUAGUGCGAGUGAAAUAGAUAAAGCCGAAUUCACCGCCAGCAAGUUACAAGGUUAUUUAAAAGUUAUCCAAGACCGAGCCAAAAACUUGGUCGAUAACAAAAUUAAGUCCGAUAACCAUCCUGAUAAAGGAAAACCAGCCAAUGGUCACCGAAUCGAGUAUAGUUUUGGACAAGAUUUUACUAAAUCUGGCACAAAUACUCCUCAAGAUAGUGCAAAUUUUACUGAAACCGAUUUCCAAACUGCCACUGCCGGAGUUAAAAACGACACCCUAAUUGUUUUACCAGCCAAAUCUAAUCCCAUGAAUAAAAGUGAUUUCACUAACUUCACGCCGGAAGAUUUAGGAAUUCCAGUUGACAGUAGUGGUAAAUCUAAUUUUUAUGCUACCGAUUAUGGAACUAAAAUCAGUGAUGAGGAGGAAGAUAAAGUAGAAUAUAGACACAGUGAUUACACUAAUCGGCAAAAAUUAAUCAGUUCUUUUACUAACGAUCCAGUCCGGCAAUUAUUCGCUGAUAUCCGAACUUAUGUUCACAAAGAUAAUUCUUUAAAAACUGAUAAAGAUGGUAGUGGAACUUCCACUCCGGAUUAUGCUUGUUUUGAAUCCCGCCUGAACGAGUAUGAAACCGAAAAAGCCAGUUUAUUAGAAGGAGUUAAAACCGGUCGAGAAAGUUUAAAAGCUGCUGAAAAAGCACUUGCCGAAGCCAAAAAAGAGUUAGUCAAAAAGAAAAAAGAGGUCGAAAGCAAAAUAACUGAAAAAAUAACCGAAUUGAGGAAAAAGUAUUUAGAAAACUUUAAUGAAAAUACUCCUAGUUCAGUAAAUAAUGAAGAGUUAGCUCGACAAGCCUUGGUUGAUUUGCAAGCGGAGAUUUUUACCAAACGUGAUGAAACUAACAAAAUCUAUUUGGUUAGAUAUUUCCGAGAUGGCGAAGGUAGGACUGAGAUUGAAAAAAUAGAAAGUUUUGAAAAAAGUUUUGGUUCCCAAGCAAAAUGGGUUGUGCAUACUCUGCAAGAAGUGGUGACUGAUGAUGCCGGUAAAUAUUUAGAGGAUGCUGAUUUAACCGAGGAGGAAAUCAAAACUAUCCUUUAUGAAUUAGCAGAAGGCAAAAAAACCCUGGCCAGCGAGAAAAAAGCCGAUGAAACCAAUGGGGACGACACUGGAAAUCCCACUGAUAAAAUGAGCAUCGCCAAAGAAUGA